AUGGUAAUUCCACUCUGCCGUUGCCGAGUCCUCUACAUCGGCUCGGCCGUCCCAAUCGUUACAAAAGACGGACUCCAGGGAAUCCAACAACCCCUCCGUGAGCGCUACCCAGUAGAAGAUGUCACCGACACAAAAGGCAUCGAUAGCUGGCUCUCAGUCUGGUCGAACGGCAUUUUGCUAGAAUACAUUGAAGGCGAGCAGAAGAGCGAGACGGCCUUUUUCCCAAUCAAUACCCUACAUUACUGCGCGGCUGUUCGUUAUGUAAAUGUUUCGGGGUACGCUAUCGAAGGAGGCGGCGAGAAGUUCCUCCCUCUUGACUCUCCUUUUGCCAACCUACCCGAUUCCCCUCAUCCCCCAUCUUUUCGGCAAUUUUCCGGCGUACUACCGGGGUUAAGGUCUUGGAAUGCCACGGCUUCAUCUGCACCAACAAUAAAGCUGCCAACGCCCUUGUGCGUUGCUGCUUCCACGCUUAUGGCGACUCCAUCUAUCUCAAGG